AUGUUCAUUGCGCUUCCGCCUGAGAUAAUCCUUCAGAUCCUUUCAUACCUCCCCGUUUCUUCUUUUUCUGCCCUAUCUGCCGUGUCGCACACAUGGAAUAAUCUUUUCGUCGACAACGAGACCGCGAUCUAUCGCGAAGCUGCUCUUUCGCAUGGAUUCGCCGAUCAACGAACCGCUCACCCAGACACCACCGUGCUGGGCGAGAGGUAUUCAUAUCGUGUGUUGCAGCCAGGGAUGAGCUGGAAGUCGUUGUGCAAGACUCGGAUCCGGGUUCGAAACUCUUGGAAUGGACACGCGCCGUCUACCAUAGUGCCUCUUCCUCUUAAAAUUACCAAUCAUGUUGCACCUCCGGACAAAGUUCAUCACAUCAAGGUUGACGAGAGGAGAAGAUUGCUCAUGACCACCUCGCAGGAAGGAGGUCUGCUUGUUAUGGAUAUCGACAGCGGGUCGGUGUUGUUCGUAUUGCCUCCUGGAUACGUGCAUGCUUAUGCUCACAUCGAGUACUCGGAAGGCUACAUGAUCUUUGAUCGUCUGGACAGCUCUCGCGAAGUCUGGCGACUGCAAGGGGUCGACCCCUCGCCAACAGCUGUGGAUGCAGCCUCACAGCCCGGUCAAGAACAGCUGGAGCAAUUCGAGGUAGAGACGCACAUAGCCCGACGACUACAAUCCGCGUCAACCCCCGACUCACCACCUCUGAGAGGGUGUUUUGAACCCCAUGCGUUGCUGAUCGCGCCUGAGGACACUCGCGCCUCUCGUUUCGCCUAUCCAACCUUGUUGUCCACUUCUUCUGAGCGUGCGUACCUGUGGGAUGUUCCGACGGGUCGUGUGGUGGAGGUUAUCGAAGGGGUGAACGUUCUUCCUUCCGGGAAUCUAUCUUCAUCUCAGAGCGCGUCCGAGACGGAAGACAACGGACCCAUGGAAGAAUACGAUGAAGACGACCGGAGUCCGUGGCUUUCCGAGCACCUGGGUACAAUGGUAUACGUGGACCAUAGUGUCGAUUACAUCUUCCUCGCUGGCUCUUACGCUGUGUGGGUGUUCGCCAAAUCUCAACUCACGGACAAUGCACCAUCUACCAGCUCGAGGAGCACCACCCAUCCCGGUCGACUAGUGCUGAACCUCCGGUCUAUUCGUAUACGGUACGGACGGUGGUCAUACUCGCCAGAACGCAGCAGUGGAACCCAAGAUGAAGGCUCGGCUCUCCUGUGCUAUCAAGUUCACGUCAAUACGAAGGAAUGGCCCGACGACUACCGCAAGCUUAUUGAUGAAUUCGUCGCAGUUCAUGUCUCGCCCUGUGGAUCACACUUCGCGGCUCUCCUUUCAGGUUGCCGUCUCCUCAUUGUCACAAACUUCAAGCAGGUAAAGGGAAAUCCCAGGAGCCGCGAUCAUGAAAGGAGCUUGUACGAAAGGACAUUAGAUAUUCAAUUGGGCUCGCCCCGGACAGCGACAAGUAUUUACCUUGCGUACGAAGAAGGCGAUGGAGGGGAAGGAAGGAUCGGUGUCGUGACGUCAAGUGCGGUUUUUAUCAUAGUCGUACCUCCCUUUGAGGCGCUGACACCGUCCUCGGAACCUCCCAAAAUCCGUAUCGCCCGCGUCAAAUCGUUUAUGAACCCCGGCUGCCUCUCCUCCAUCUCCUGCCUUAUGCUCUCAGAUACUGGUCUCUUCCUCAAUUGGGACCCGAAGGACGACUCUUCGUCAGACUCUGGAGAUACAUCUAAACAGCAAGAAUGGGAAGAGGAAUUUGAGAAUAGCCUGCGUGAUAUAGGACGGCUUGACGAGGACUGUGUCGACCACUACAGCAAUGGAGACAUGUUCGUCGUGCCACUCAUUGCAGCUGCCGAGGCAAACGUGUCCAUGGUUUACGCUGUCAACUUCCUGCCAUCUGAGACCUGA